GUUCACCCCCUCCAACCCAGUAACGGUCACAUUUGCACCCUUCACAACUAUCCCACACCCGCUCACUCACUCUCUCUCUCUUACCCACCACGCCCAUUUCACUCUCUCUCUCUCUCUCUCUGGUGUGAAUGAUCAUCAAUGGAACCCGCGAAAAUCGAUUGGAAGAGAGUGGAGUGGAAUUUCGUGGAAGACGAACUCUACGAGCACAUCAACGCACCCAAAUGGGUUGACUUCUUGUCCCCUGACCACGACAAAGAUGAUGAAGCCUGGUUCUGCAAACCUGAUUGUAAACAUCCCAAGACAGCAGAAGAUUUUCUCAGAUCACCAAGUCCUUUCAAGAAGUCUAAAAGUCCAGCUUAUGGUUUGGAAAAUUCUCCAUUUGGUGACCAAAAUAGAAGGUACUACUUAGAUGGGAGAAUCAAGAGAAGGGUGCCGGCCUUAUCAUCGGCUUCUCCUCCUGAUGAUAACUUCAGAUUCAACCUAGAUAGCGAAAACCAAGACCCGAAUAUGUGUACUCCUUCAAUUCAACCCACCAAGACCAAGACCAUGAAGGCUGCAAUCAAGUCAAGUGAAGAGAAGAGGAAGCUAUUUGAUGAUGCAAUCGAGGACAGUAAGGUGCCUCCGUUGAGAUCAGUUCUCUCCACGAAGAAUUUGUUUGCCCCGCGGCCUAUUCUGAAUCACAUCACAGAAUUCUAUAAUGAGCUGAAGAAAUUGACCCUGAGAGCCAGAGAGAGAGAAGAUGCUGAAAAUUUGAGCACCACAGGGAGUGAAAGCGUUGUGCAGGAGAAGACUCCAUUAUGUCCUUUUCAACCUUUGGGAAAGUCUGAUAUAAGAGAGAAAGAAAGGAAGCCACUGGUUGAAGUGAAGCAGCAGAGGAAGAAAAGACCUGACGAGGCAGAAAACAGGCCUAUAACUCUUGACCUGGAGUGUAUAAAAAACAAGAGGGAGGAGAACUUACAACAAAUUCGAGUAAAUCCUCCCUCUCCUCAGUGCUUCUCUGCUGCUCAUGGACUCAAUAAAACUACUCCUUCAACGACUUUGAAAUCCCGGCUAAUGGAGAAAGGAAUACUUAAAGAGGUUGAGCCAAACAAGGAAAUCGCAAAGGAGUCAUCACCUUCAUACAACUGCAGAAGCAUUGCAGUAAUUGAUGAAAGAGAAACAAAGACCUUGGACAUGUUUUGGUUCUUAAAGCCUUGCACACUGUCAAGCUGAACCUGGUGCAAAGUGAUUAUAGAUUCAUUCUUUCAUUUGUUUUCUAUGUUAUGCUGUCCUCAUAAAGCAAAACUAUUUUUUUUUAAGAUUGAAAUCAUUCUUUAUCAUUGUAGCAAUUCUUUAUUCUUUCAUGCUUCCAUAUCCUUGUACCAUUGAUGUAAGAAUCUGAAACUGAUGAUUCAAUGUUCGAUCCGCAUCCUCUUGAACUUUUACAGCAUAUAA